UGUCGGGCUGCUGAAUAUUCAUGAGAGAGAGGCGGUAGUAGCGGAGAAGACGGCGACUCUGGGCAGCCUGGGUGUGUGAGGAGGGACGCAGGGCAGGGGCUUCUCUACAGCCUAUGUAGGCGCUAUAGACCUAUAUAUAUAUAUAUAUACACACAUAUUGCUUGGCACUUCUUGCAGGGAGCAGCCAGGAGCCGGCAGAGCUGCGUGCAAGCAUUAGGAGCCUGCUAGAGGGCCUACCACCCACAUUGGUUGCCUGUCCUCCUCCGCCUGUGUGUCAGCGGGGGAUCCUCACCUCAGCGAGACCAGCAGAGGGAGGCCGGAUCCAGCGCCAGCGGCUCCCCUGCCCUCCUCUCCAGUGUGCAGGGGAGAAGAAUGAGAGAGAAUGAGCCAGAGAGACACCUUGGUACAUCUGUUUGCUGGAGGAUGUGGGGGCACUGUUGGCGCCAUCUUGACGUGUCCACUGGAAGUUGUGAAGACCAGGCUCCAGUCCUCCUCAGUGACACUUUACAUCUCUGAAGUACAGCUGAACACUGUGAAUGGUGCCAGUGUUAACAGAGUGGUGUCGCCCGGACCACUGCACUGUCUAAAGAUGAUCUUGCAGAAGGAAGGUCCUCGCUCACUCUUCCGAGGUCUGGGCCCCACCUUAGUGGGUGUGGCUCCUUCCAGGGCCAUCUAUUUUGCAGCAUACUCGAGCUGCAAGGAAAGGUUAAACCAUGUAUUUGCCGCAGAUUCCACACAGGUGCACAUGGUCUCUGCUGGGGCAGCAGGUUUCACUGCAAUAACCGCCACUAAUCCCAUCUGGCUGAUUAAAACACGACUACAGUUAGAUGCAAGAAACCGAGGUGAAAGACGAAUGAGCGCAUUGGAAUGCAUCCGCAAGGUGUAUAGCACAGAUGGCGUUAAAGGUUUUUAUAGGGGCAUGUCUGCCUCCUAUGCUGGCAUCUCUGAAACUGUUGUCCACUUUGUUAUUUAUGAAAGUAUUAAACGGAGACUGCUGGAAUAUAAGACUGCAACAGCCCUGGAUAAUGAGGAGGAGUCUGUAAAAGAAGCUUCUGAUUUUGUUGGACUAAUGUUGGCAGCAGCAACUUCCAAGACGUGUGCCACCUCUAUAGCAUACCCACAUGAGGUUGUACGGACAAGGCUACGUGAAGAGGGCACAAAAUACAAGUCCUUCUUCCAGACACUGUCUCUGGUGGUGAGAGAAGAAGGCUAUGCUUCUUUGUAUCGUGGCCUCACAACGCACCUGGUUAGACAAAUUCCAAACACGGCGAUAAUGAUGUCAACCUACGAAGUGGUUGUCUAUUUGCUAAAUGGAUAACUGCCUGGCGUGUGUAUUCUUGUUUGUGAAGAAGAUGGGUGACCAAAGAACUGAAAGUGGACCAGGGAGCACCUAGAGAAGAAUACUGAUGGUGACAACAAGAAAGGCCCAUAGUAACCAUCAUAAAAUGGAUAGCUGCUGCUGAACGUGCUCCUGCCACCUUCACUGUGUGUGGUCUUUGGCCACUCAUGAGAUGGAAUUGAGAGUGUGUCAGAACUGAUAACAUUAUGCAUUUCACAGCUGCCAUUUCAAUCUUAAAUGGUAUGGUCUAUUAGGCUGUGAAAAGCUUGACACUAAUGGGAUGACAAACACAAAGCUGCGCUAUUCAGUUUUACAGUGUACAGAUGGCAAGCCGUCCUGUGUUUCCUCUGCAUACUGUAAAACACACAGUGUACCCAACACAUUAUGUUCCCUACACAUCUCAUUCUGCUGUGUCUCUGGCUGAACUUGAAAGUAAUGUAGAGAGAUCCCAUUAUUUGAUGUGUUAUUAAGUACCUGGAUAAUGUACAGGUUUAUUGAUUUCAUUCUCUUUUUUUCUGAAAUAAGCUGCUGUUUGUACAUCAGCUGUACAUGUGCACUUGUUUCCCCAUGACCAAAGUAAGGCCAUCUUGGUUUUCAGGUUAUGUAAUACAUAAGAAUCUGCUACACCAAAUACUUGAUUCCUGUCUGGAAGGUACUAAUGUACUGAAAGUCAUGCUACGCUUUGUUUUAUUGAAGAAUAUUUAUCUAUAUACUGUGAAAUUUAAACAAACAGAGGGUACUUGACCAGGCAUAGCCUUCUCAAAGCCUUCUGGUGUGGGGCCGCACAAGCAUUUUUUGCACCUACCAUUAUAUUGUAGCGCACAAAUACCAUUGUAUUUUGAUUGGUCUUUUAAUGGUCAUACAAGUUUCUUGGUGUUCAAGAUAUCAUGAUGCUUUUUAACACAUUACAUUGCGGCCCCUCGCGUUAGCAAGGGUUCAAGUUAUUUGCUUCCUUUUUCACAUGUGUAGUUUCAUUUAAGCUAUUUAUCCUAUAUAGCCACUCCAUAAAAGUAGUAUAAAAAGAACCACAGUUAUACCUAAAAUACAAAGUACCCCAAAACUGAAGAGCCAUUUGUGAUGAAGUUGAGUCAAAUGUAUACAUAAAAUGUGCUUUCCUAUAAAACAAAAAGAAAUAUUUGAUUAUUUCAUGUAGUGUGUGCGUGGUGUUUGUUUGUUUUUGAUGGGAAGCAAUUUUCUUUCUUGCUUCAAAUCUAGAGUUCAGCCAACUGUCCAUGGGAGCAUCUCCUCCAUCAGAUGGAAAGCUACAAGUGCAGUUUUGAAACAGGAGAAGACAGUCCUGGGUUUUUCAGCUGUUGUGGUACAAAUCAUUGGCUUGCAGGUCUUGCCGGGACUUUUAGUGCGGCAGCAGCUGGAAAGGAUUGAACAGUAAUAUGCCCAUACAACACUAUUUUCAGCUUCGAGUUGGCCAUCAGUGAAGGUAUGCCCUCUUGGGCAUUCAGCAGUACUAUUAUGGUUGUCCAUAUUGACUUGUGGGCUUUCUCAACAGGGAAGGUUAAUGAAGCAACA